AUGGACGGCCACGGCGAGCUGCCGCUCUACUCCUGCCCGGGAAACAGGGACAGGCAAGGGGACAACCAGAGCAACACCCCCGGACAAGAGGGGGCAGUGGCCGCGCUGCCCAUGGUGCACAGGACCACCUCCUUCUCCGUGCUCGACAUCCUGGACCCUAACAAAUUCAACAGCAAGAGGAGGCAGUGCGCCGUCUUGUACAAAUCGGUGGGGACCGAGUUCACGCUGGGGGCGGAGGAUAAACCCGAGGACUCAGGGACGGAGCUGGCCGAGCAAAAGGCUCUCGCUGAAGAUUUCGACGCCUGCAAGAAGUCCGCAGACCUGAUCAAGGACGGCGAGCUCUACAAGGCCGAGGAGUGCGACCUGGACUACGGCAGCCGGCCGAGCCGCAGCCCCGACAGCGAGCUGCCCGACGACGAGGAGCUGUGCAGCGAGGAGAGCAGCAGCAGCAGCAGCAGCAGCAGCAGCAGCAGCUCGGCCGCGCCCGGAGAGCCCGACCCGGGCCACCUCCACACUGAGGGGACCGAGGCGGGCGGGCCCCCACCGGCCCAGCCGCCGCCGCCUCCCCCGCCCCCCCCGCCGCCCCCUCAGCCGGCGGCGGCUCCCGGCGGGGCUCCGGCGGGCCCGCCGCAGGCCAAGCCUAAAAGGAAGCGAACGGGCUCGGACUCCAAGUCGGGGAAGCCCCGGCGGGCGCGGACAGCUUUUACCUACGAGCAGCUGGUGGCGCUGGAGAACAAAUUCAAAUCCACCCGGUACCUGUCGGUCUGCGAGCGCCUCAACCUGGCGCUCUCCCUCAGCCUCACCGAGACGCAGGUGAAGAUCUGGUUCCAGAACCGCCGCACCAAGUGGAAGAAGCAGAACCCGGGGGCCGACACCAGCGCUCCCACCGGCGGCGGCGGCGGGGGGGGCGGCGGCGGGGGGGGCGGGCUGGGCGGCGGGGCGCUGCCGGGGGGGCUCAGCCCCCUCAGCCACUCGCCCCCCAUGGGCAACCCGCUCUCCAUGCACGGCCCCGGUGGCUACGCCGGGCACCCGGCCGGCGGGCUGGUCUGCGCCGCCCAGCUGCCCUUCCUCCCCAGCCCCGCCGUCCUCUCGCCCUUCGUCCUGGGCUCGCAGACUUACGGCGCGCCGGCUUUCUACACCCCGCACCUAUAAACCCGCCGCUCCUUCCUUCUCCUCCUCCUCCUCCUCCUCACCGCCAUCACCCCCCCCCAGCCCCCUCCCGCUGUGCCCCGCCGCCCCUCAGGGCGCUUGGGGGACCGGUUGCCGUGCGGCUCGCCUCCACACCCCCACACCCCCCCCCAAAAAAACCAAACCAAACCAAAACAAAACAAAACAAAACAACCCAACGAGCACCUGGCAGCGACACCGGGAGGAAAAGGGGCCAGGGGCUCCCACCGCCCCCCCCUCAGUCCCUCCGGCCCCAGCGCCCGCAAUCAUUUCUACGACCCUUUUUGUACGGGAUAUGUCCGGACUCCGCUUCUGAGGGGAGGAGGAGAAGGAAAACCUCCCUCGCCCGUGUACAUACAAGUAGAUGUAAAUCAUCGUUACCAGUAUUUUUAUUUUCACAGUCCCUCGUUGCUAUGUGGGUUUGGUUCUUUUAAUUAUUAUUAUUAUUAUUAUUAUUAUUAUUGACUUCGUUU